AUGAGCGAGCGGCCCGGUGGUCCGCCGCCCUUGAUCUUGCCCUCGCUGGGCUUCGUGUUGCACGAGGGCGGGCGCAUUGCCGAGGUCACCUGCAGCGGCAGCAGCUCCCCUGUGGGCGGCGGGAAGCUCUCGGCGCGAAGCGCAGGAGCGCCCAGGACCGGGCGUCGCCGCAGCGUGAGGCCCAGCCUGGGCGUGGUGGCCAGGCCCCGUGGCUCCAAGGCUCGGCCGAUAGGUGAGCAGGACUUGGGGAUUUCCCACAAAGACGUCCUGCGCAGCGCGGGCGGAGCCGACGAGAGCCACGCGCAGAAUGCCCAGGCGGGUGGGGCUCCCAUCAGCGAGGAGGAGCAGAUCGAUGCCUGCCUGAAGCUAGCGGCGGAGGGCGAGCAGGUGAGAAGCUCCUUGGCUUUCGAGCGCAUGGCCAUCUACUUCGCACAGCUGAAGCCUGGAUCGCUGGUCUUAGAGGUCGGCUCGCGCGCGGGAGAGCUCACGCUGAUGUUCGCGCAGCGCUUCCCGGAGCUGUAUAUCCUGCCGACUGAAGGCACGGGCGAAGCCUCGCCGAGCCUCUUCUUGCUGCUCCAGGAGCGCCUGGCGCUGCGGAGGGACUUGAAGACCAAGAGCAAGCGACCCAAGAAGCGCACCGCGGCGAGCGAGCAUGGUGCUCGGAGCCGCAUCCUGCAGCCCCGACACCUGGACGGCGCGAUCGCCAAGAGCUGGCGGAACAAGCUGACCAACCAAGAGAUCAGCUGCAUCUUCUGCGUCAACGUGCUGCACUACAUCUCUGCGCAGGGCUUGGAACACUUCCUGCAGGGCUGCGCGGAUCAUUUGGUCCUUGGAGGGCAUCUACUCCUCUGCGGACCCUUCUUCAACGGCGAGGCGCCGGACUCGCUGCUCGUUUACGACGCCGCGCUGCGCGACUUCUCGGCGGCCAGGAAGUUGCAUUGGGGCUGCCACGAUGUGGCACAGAUCCUGGCGUUCGGGCAGAAGGUGGGCCUGGUCUCGGUGGCCCUGGAGGAGACGGACGGUGUGGGCGGCCACAGCUGGACGCUCCUCGUGCUGCGGCGCGAACGGAGCUUCAGUGGACGCCAGGUGCCACUGCAGCUGCUACUUCCUGGGAGAGGACCAGGCCGUGAUUACCUUGGGCUGCGGUGGGGUGAUUGGUGCGCUAGGCGCUUCAGUGGCCUGUUGGUGCACGGGUUCCCAAACUUCUCCGUCAUCGCCUCAUCCGCGACGGCGGGGCCAUGGCAUCCUUAG